UUGAAGAUUCGUCAGCGGCAUGAGUUUUUUGGGCUGAAUUUGUUUAUUUGGCUCGGAUUAAUUGUUAUUAUGCGAUCGUAAGGGGGAUUUACUGCUGGAGAGAGAAUAAGAGGAAUCACAAUGUCGAUUCCCCCCUACCACCUGCUGGGCCCGAACCCCUGGGCGACGAUGAUGGCCCAGCAGCAGGCGCACGCCCAGCUGGCAGCAGCCCAGGCACACGCUCAAGCAGCAGCGCACGCCCAGGCUGCCCACCACGCUCACAUGCAGGCGAUGGCCACAGGCCCGCCCCUUCCCCAAUUGCCAAAGCAGCCUGAGGUCCUCUCCGAGGACAAGCUCCAGGAGAAGGCCCAGAAGUGGCAGCAACUGCAGUCGAAACGCUUCGCAGAAAAGCGUAAAUUUGGUUUCGUUGAUGCACAGAAAGAGGACAUGCCCCCUGAGCACAUCAGGAAGAUCAUCAGGGAUCAUGGGGACAUGAGCAGCAGGAAGUAUCGACAUGAUAAGAGAGUGUACCUGGGGGCACUCAAGUACAUGCCUCACGCUGUCAUGAAGCUCUUGGAGAACAUGCCCAUGCCCUGGGAGCAGAUCAGAGAUGUCAAAGUCCUCUACCACAUCACUGGUGCCAUCACCUUUGUGAAUGAGAUCCCCUGGGUGAUCGAGCCGGUCUACAUAGCCCAGUGGGGCACCAUGUGGAUCAUGAUGAGACGAGAGAAGAGGGACAGAAGGCACUUCAAGCGAAUGAGGUUUCCGCCGUUUGAUGAUGAGGAACCUCCACUAGACUAUGCUGACAAUGUUCUAGAUGUUGAGCCACUGGAGGCCAUUCAGAUCGAGUUGGAUUCUGAGGAGGAUGCCAGUGUUGCCAAUUGGUUUUACGAACACAAGCCACUGGUUGGGACGAAACAUGUGAAUGGGUCAACCUACCGUCGAUGGAACCUCACCCUCCCCCAGAUGGCGACCCUCUACCGUCUGGCGAAUUCCCUCUUAACUGAUCUCGUGGACCAGAACUUCUUCUAUCUAUUCGACCCCAAGUCGUUCUUCACAGCGAAAGCCCUGAACAUGGCUAUUCCUGGGGGUCCCAAGUUUGAGCCUCUGGUCAAGGACUCCAAUGCUGCCGAUGAGGACUGGAACGAGUUCAAUGACAUCAACAAGAUCAUUAUCAGACAGCCCAUCAGGACUGAGUACAGGAUUGCCUUUCCUUAUUUGUACAACAACAUGCCACACUUUGUCCAUCUGUCUUGGUACCACGCCCCAAACGUCGUCUACAUAAAAACGGAAGACCCCGAUCUCCCCGCGUUUUACUUUGAUCCCCUGAUAAACCCCAUCUCCCACCGUAACUCCCUGAAAACAAUCGAGCCCGUGCUCGAAGACGACGAGGACUUUACCCUGGACGAAGAGGUCCAACCGUUCCUCCAGGAGACCCCCCUUUACACCGACAACACCGCGAACGGUAUUGCCCUCCUGUGGGCACCGCGUCCCUUCAACACUCGCUCGGGUCGCACUCGUCGCGCUAUCGACAUUCCCCUGGUCAAGUCCUGGUACAGGGAGCACUGUCCCCCAGGGCAGCCAGUCAAAGUGAGGGUGAGCUACCAAAAGCUCCUCAAGUACUUCGUCCUAAAUGCCCUGAAACACCGACACCCCAAGCCCCAGAAGAAGCGCUACCUCUUCCGCUCCUUCAAGUCAACCAAAUUCUUCCAAACUACGACCAUCGACUGGGUCGAGGCAGGCCUCCAGGUCUGUCGUCAGGGCUACAACAUGUUGAAUCUUCUGAUUCACCGAAAGAACUUGAACUACCUCCACCUCGAUUACAACUUCAAUCUGAAGCCCGUUAAGACACUGACCACGAAAGAGCGUAAAAAGUCGCGAUUCGGUAAUGCCUUUCAUCUCUGCCGAGAGAUCCUUCGAUUGACCAAACUCAUAAUUGACUCCCACGUGCAGUAUCGACUGAACAAUGUUGACGCGUUUCAAUUGGCUGACGGCCUUCAGUACAUCUUCGCUCAUGUUGGUCAGCUGACGGGAAUGUAUCGGUACAAGUACAAGCUGAUGAGACAGAUCAGAAUGUGCAAGGACUUGAAACAUUUGAUCUACUAUCGAUUCAAUACCGGUCCUGUGGGUAAGGGGCCAGGGUGUGGGUUCUGGGCGCCAGGUUGGAGGGUCUGGCUCUUCUUCAUGCGGGGUAUCACCCCCUUGUUGGAACGAUGGCUAGGCAAUUUGCUGUCUCGACAGUUCGAGGGACGACACUCGAAGGGAGUCGCCAAAACUGUGACGAAACAGCGAGUCGAGUCACACUUUGAUCUUGAAUUGAGAGCAUCAGUUAUGCACGAUAUUGUUGACAUGAUGCCAGAGGGUAUCAAGCAGAACAAGGCUCGAACGAUCCUUCAGCAUCUGUCGGAGGCCUGGAGAUGCUGGAAAGCUAACAUUCCGUGGAAGGUGCCAGGUCUUCCCAUUCCCAUCGAGAACAUGAUCCUCAGGUACGUCAAGAUGAAGGCUGACUGGUGGACGAACACAGCUCAUUACAACAGGGAGAGGAUCAGGAGAGGAGCGACUGUUGAUAAGACAGUCUGCAAGAAGAAUUUGGGAAGGCUUACUCGUCUCUACUUGAAGGCUGAACAGGAACGACAGCACAAUUACCUGAAGGACGGGCCUUACAUCAGCCCUGAGGAAGCUGUCGCCAUCUACACAACGACUGUUCAUUGGCUGGAGUCGAGGAGAUUCGCGCCUAUUCCGUUUCCUCCACUCUCCUACAAACACGACACGAAGCUUCUCAUUCUUGCUCUAGAACGACUGAAGGAAGCUUACUCUGUUAAAUCACGACUCAAUCAGAGUCAGAGAGAGGAACUCGGUCUCAUUGAACAGGCGUACGACAAUCCUCACGAAGCCUUGUCCAGAAUAAAACGUCAUCUCUUGACUCAGCGUGCCUUCAAAGAAGUCGGUAUCGAGUUUAUGGACCUCUACAGCCAUCUCAUCCCAGUUUACGACGUCGAACCCCUUGAGAAGAUAACAGACGCUUACCUGGAUCAGUACCUCUGGUACGAGGCUGACAAGAGGAGAUUGUUUCCACCCUGGGUCAAGCCCUCAGACACUGAACCUCCACCACUUCUCGUUUACAAAUGGUGUCAGGGAAUCAACAAUCUCCAGGACGUCUGGGACGUCUCAGAAGGGGAAUGCAAUGUUCUCCUUGAAUCGAAGUUUGAGAAGCUGUACGAGAAGAUUGACUUGACACUUCUCAACAGACUUCUACGUCUGAUCGUCGAUCAUAACAUCGCUGAUUACAUGACAGCCAAGAACAAUGUCGUUAUCAACUACAAGGACAUGAACCACACGAACUCUUAUGGUAUCAUCAGGGGAUUGCAGUUCGCCUCGUUCAUUGCCCAGUACUACGGACUGGUUCUUGAUCUUCUCGUUCUGGGAUUGCAGAGAGGAAGCGAGAUGGCGGGACCUCCUCAGAUGCCCAAUGACUUCCUUACGUUCCAGGACACCGACUCAGAGACUGCUCAUCCCAUCAGACUGUACUGCAGGUACGUCGACAGGAUCCACCUGUUCUUGAGAUUCACAGCGGAUGAGGCUAGAGACUUGAUCCAGAGGUAUCUCACUGAACACCCUGACCCCAACAACGAGAACAUCGUGGGGUACAACAACAAGAAGUGCUGGCCGAGGGACGCCAGGAUGAGGCUGAUGAAGCAUGACGUAAACUUGGGAAGAGCUGUCUUCUGGGACAUCAAGAAUCGCUUGCCCAGAUCGACCACGACGAUUCAAUGGGAGAACAGCUUCGUCUCGGUUUACUCAAAGGACAAUCCCAACCUGUUGUUCAAUAUGAGUGGAUUUGAGUGCAGGAUCUUGCCGAAGUGCAGGACCACUCAUGAGGAGUUCAAUCAUAAGGAUGGAGUAUGGAACCUUCAGAACGAGGUGACCAAAGAGAGGACUGCUCAGUGCUUCCUGAGGGUUGACGACGAGAGUUUACAGAGGUUCCACAACAGGGUCAGGCAGAUCCUCAUGGCGUCUGGAUCAACGACCUUCACGAAGAUCGUUAACAAAUGGAAUACUGCACUCAUCGGACUGAUGACGUACUUCAGGGAGGCUGUGGUCAACACUCAAGAGCUACUGGAUCUUCUGGUCAAGUGUGAGAAUAAGAUUCAGACGAGAAUCAAGAUUGGACUGAACUCGAAGAUGCCCUCGAGGUUCCCUCCAGUGGUCUUCUACACCCCCAAGGAGUUGGGAGGUCUGGGAAUGCUGUCCAUGGGACACGUGCUCAUCCCCCAGAGCGAUCUGAGGUGGUCCAAACAGACUGAUGUCGGCAUCACUCACUUCAGAUCUGGAAUGUCUCACGACGAGGAUCAACUCAUUCCCAAUCUCUAUCGAUACAUUCAGCCCUGGGAGUCUGAGUUUAUCGACUCUCAGAGAGUCUGGGCUGAGUACGCACUGAAGCGUCAGGAAGCCAAUGCCCAGAAUCGACGUCUGACUUUGGAAGACUUGGAGGACUCAUGGGACCGAGGAAUCCCCAGGAUCAAUACUCUCUUCCAGAAGGAUCGUCACACCCUUGCUUACGACAAAGGCUGGCGCAUUCGUACAGAAUUCAAGCAGUACCAGGUUUUGAAGCAGAAUCCCUUCUGGUGGACACACCAGCGUCACGACGGUAAGUUAUGGAACCUCAACAACUACCGAACAGACAUGAUCCAAGCACUGGGUGGAGUUGAAGGUAUUCUCGAGCACACUCUCUUCAAGGGGACCUACUUCCCCACCUGGGAGGGUCUCUUCUGGGAGAAGGCAUCGGGCUUCGAAGAGUCCAUGAAGUACAAGAAACUCACGAACGCUCAGAGAUCUGGUCUCAACCAGAUACCCAACAGAAGAUUCACCCUCUGGUGGUCCCCCACCAUCAAUCGUGCUAAUGUGUACGUAGGUUUCCAAGUACAACUUGACCUCACUGGUAUCUUCAUGCACGGCAAGAUCCCAACUCUAAAAAUCUCGUUGAUACAAAUCUUCAGGGCUCAUUUGUGGCAGAAGGUCCACGAGUCCAUUGUCAUGGAUCUCUGCCAGGUCUUCGAUCAAGAACUCGAUGCCCUUGAGAUCGAGACCGUUCAGAAGGAGACGAUUCACCCCAGAAAGUCUUACAAGAUGAACUCGUCUUGUGCGGACAUCUUGCUCUUCUCAGCUUACAAGUGGAACGUCAGUCGUCCCUCUCUGCUUGCUGACUCUAAAGACGUCAUGGAUAAUGUGACGACCCAGAAGUACUGGAUCGAUGUACAGCUGAGGUGGGGCGACUACGAUUCUCACGAUGUUGAACGUUACGCAAGGGCCAAGUUCAUGGAUUACACGUCCGACAACAUGUCUAUCUAUCCUUCACCCACAGGAUUGCUCAUCGCUAUUGAUCUCGCUUACAAUCUACAUUCGGCCUACGGUAACUGGUUCCCAGGAUGCAAGCCACUUAUCCAACAAGCUAUGGCCAAGAUCAUGAAGGCUAAUCCAGCGCUUUAUGUCUUGAGGGAACGAAUCAGGAAAGCCCUUCAACUUUACUCGUCAGAACCAACAGAGCCUUAUCUGUCGUCUCAGAAUUACGGAGAGCUGUUCAGCAACCAGAUCAUCUGGUUCGUUGACGACACAAACGUCUAUCGUGUCACCAUUCACAAGACAUUCGAAGGAAAUUUGACGACGAAGCCCAUCAACGGCGCCAUCUUCAUCUUCAACCCUCGCACAGGUCAGCUGUUCCUGAAGAUCAUUCACACGUCAGUUUGGGCGGGACAGAAGCGUUUGGGACAGCUUGCUAAAUGGAAGACUGCUGAGGAAGUCGCUGCAUUGAUUCGAUCACUUCCAGUUGAGGAGCAGCCCAAGCAGAUUAUAGUCACGAGGAAGGGUAUGUUGGAUCCUCUCGAGGUGCAUCUUCUCGAUUUCCCCAAUAUUGUGAUCAAGGGGUCGGAGCUGCAGCUUCCCUUCCAGGCGUGUCUCAAAGUCGAGAAGUUUGGGGAUCUUAUUCUGAAGGCAACUGAACCCCAGAUGGUUCUCUUCAAUCUUUACGAUGACUGGUUGAAGACUAUCUCGUCAUACACAGCCUUCAGCAGAUUGAUUCUCAUUCUGAGGGCUCUUCAUGUGAAUACUGAGAGGACUAAGGUGGUUCUGAAGCCUGACAAGACAACCAUAACCGAGCCCCAUCACAUCUGGCCGUCUUUGACGGACGAUGAGUGGAUCAAGGUUGAGGUUCAGCUGAAGGAUCUCAUUCUCGCGGAUUAUGGAAAGAAGAAUAACGUGAAUGUCGCGUCACUAACGCAGUCCGAGAUCAGGGAUAUCAUUCUGGGUAUGGAGAUAUCAGCGCCAUCUGCGCAGAGACAGCAGAUCGCGGAAAUUGAGAAGCAGACGAAGGAGCAGUCACAGCUUACGGCGACCACUACGAGAACGGUUAACAAGCAUGGGGAUGAAAUCAUCACGGCUACUACCUCUAACUAUGAGACUCAGGCGUUCUCCAGCAAGACUGAGUGGAGGGUCAGGGCCAUUUCAGCUACCAAUCUCCAUCUUAGGACUAAUCAUAUCUAUGUCUCGAGUGAUGACAUCAAGGAGACUGGGUACACUUACAUCUUGCCGAAGAAUGUGCUGAAGAAAUUUGUCACAAUUUCUGAUCUCAGGGCCCAGAUCUCAGGGUAUUUGUAUGGAAUUUCACCACCGGAUAAUCCACAGGUCAAGGAAAUUCGUUGCAUCGUGAUGCCACCGCAGUGGGGCACCCACCAAGUGGUCCAUCUCCCAAACUCCCUUCCAAAUCAUCAAUAUCUGAAGGAGAUGGAGCCCCUGGGGUGGAUUCACACGCAGCCCAACGAACUUCCUCAACUGUCUCCCCAAGACAUUUCCACUCAUGCCAAGGUCAUGGCCGAGAAUCCCGUGUGGGACGGGGAGAAGACGAUCGUCAUCACUUGCAGUUUCACCCCUGGCUCAUGCUCACUGACUGCGUACAAACUGACGCCCAGUGGCUUUGAAUGGGGAAAACAGAACACAGACUGUGGAAAUAAUCCCAAGGGUUAUCUGCCCAGUCAUUAUGAGAAGGUCCAGAUGCUGUUGAGUGACAGGUUUCUUGGGUUCUUCAUGGUGCCCAGUCAGGGCAGCUGGAACUACAACUUCAUGGGGGUCAGGCAUGAGCCUAGCAUGAAGUAUGAGCUGCAAUUGGCUAAUCCUAAGGAGUUCUAUCAUGAGGUCCACAGACCUGCGCACUUCCUGCUGUUUGCUGAUCUGGAGGAUGGGGGUAGUGGUGUUGGAGCCGAUCGAGAAGACACUUUUGCGUAAAUUUUGGGGAAUUGAGAGUUUGAGGGGGUGUAAAUAUGAUGAAUUUGCGAAGGGAGUUGAUUCAAGUUUUGACUUUUGUACAGAAUCUUCUGAUUUUAGCGAGUAUUGAUGAGUAUCGUAAUGUAUUUCAUGUGUAAUUGAGGUAGUAUUGAAUAAAUGAGAUUUUCAGGAA